CCCUAUGCAGCGAGUGUAUGGGUGGAGUAUAGUUUAAAAUACAGUUUUAAAUGUAUCGAAAGCGUGUCCGGCGCGUCCUACGCCGGCUCUCACAGCAGGGCUGGAAUAAAUGACAGCGCGCAGGGAAAGUUUGUCCUAACGCUGCCGGGUUGCGCUCUCGGUGUCUCGGACCCUCGGCUCUAAAAUGGCUGGCUGUAGGUCCGAGGAAGCUCCGGUGCUGAGGGAAGGAUCCGCUCCACACCGCGAUUGUCUGUAAAUAUACAUGUUUCUCUGCUCCGAGCGUCGCGUUAGUGAUGGCGUUGUCCCAGGUCCGAGAGCUGUCACGGCGCACACGCACCAUAAUAAUACUGGCAUUUCGGACCUAGGACUGUGCGUAAUGGCGUCCUCCACGGACACAGUGCUCCUCGGUUUAUCCCCAGACACAUAUUAGGACAGGCUAGUGAUGCAAACCAGCCGGCGUAGGAAUAAUGUUCUGAGGCGAAUUUAAAAUGAAGCGUUUUUUAUUAUCAGUGUUGCAUGUGAACGGUAGAAGAAGUAUGAGAGGGAAUGUUAUUUCGCUCACAUCAGUCGGACCCUUCGGUGCUCCAGUGUGUUGCUCUGAAUGAUCGGCGACUCCGCUCGACCCCUCGAAAUAUAAAUAGGUAUGCCCCAAAAUGGAUUCUCAGUUGGCUUCAGUCCUGACCAGUGGCAGCCUGGAUGUCCAAAAUGGCAGCCAGUGUGCAGAGGGAUCAGGGCCAGUGACAGAGGGUUUUUCGGACCCAAAGGACAAAACCUCACUCAGUACUGUACCAGGUAACCUCCAGCCAUGCCCUGUCAAAGCAGCAGUGACCAUCAUCAGACAAGAUGUUCCUUCUGUCAAUGGGAAAAAGCCAGAGGUGGGCGGGAAUUCUAAGCCAGCCUCUCAGGAAAUAAGUAAGAUUGGUGGGUUCAGGCAGCCAAUUACAGUAAAGACUGGAGUGCCUGUUCUGCGGAGCCAACCAAUCAGAAUCAAAAUUGUUGUUCCCCCACGGUGCAAGAGGCCAAUCACAAACUCCGCCAUCAGCCUGACCAAAGACUUUGCUCGCUCACAUUUCAGAAGACCUGUUUUGGUCUCAGCUGGAACUGUGAUCACAGGAAAAAACAGAAGUAAAAUCCAAAUACCUGCUGUUAAAAAUGAAGGAGAGCUCAAAGACAUCACUCAUCUAAAGACUGAAGAACCUAAAGCAGUAUCAUUCCAUGAGACGGAGGCCGAGAGAAGGGGUAAAAUGUGCAAACAGAGAGAUGUUUUGGAUACUAAAAUCAUCCACACUGACGGGUCAGAAACUGCUUUGAUCUGCAGCACCAAUACAGUUAAAAUAAUGAGCCAGAAGGGAAUUAAAGAGGAAACUACAGAGAGAGAAAUUGAGAGAAAUAUUCCUAUAAUUUUGCAAGAAAUGGACUUGAAGUCUUAUGAGACGUUUGAUGAGGCGGGAGUGGAGGAUCAGACGGAACCACUGGACUUGAGUUUGCCCAAGAAAAGAGAGAGUCAAGAGAGGAGGUGCGGGCGCUUUCUGGAUGAUUCUGGCUGUGAGACCUCGCUGAUCAUGGAGGUAGAUGAAUACGAGGGAGAAGGAGACAGAGACAUAGUGGAGGAGGACGACGAUGAUGUAGAGGACUCUGUGCCUCGUGUGGAUGGCGCAGACACACUUGAAGACUCGCUUCUGUCCCCCUCUUUCUUUUCUACCUCUGUCUUCACCUCCCUCUCCUCCUUAGACGUUGACACUGAAAACCUUCUUCUCAUAGACGACCAGGGAAUCCCGUAUACUCUCAGUCCAGACGGGCUCAAAGUGCCGCAGGUCCGCGCUUCCACGUCGGACGAUCCUCAGUCAGAUCAGGCCGGUUCGGCCGAGGUAGAAGGAGAGGGGUCGUCGCAGUCGGCAGAUCCUAGCCUCAGCCAAAGUUUAGAUAAUGCACUAAAUGCACCUUCUGAUGAUCUUUACCCCUCACCAGCCCCUGACACUGAUUCACCAUCAGUAGGUGUCGAUCAGACAAAAGCUCCAGACGUCUUCAUGAGUUUGGUCACUAACUCAGAUCCCUCAAAGGCUGCAGAGCCAAGCAUUAAAGCUGUUCAGGAGGCUAACGCAGUUCUGUCCCCUUCCUCUGGGAUAUCAGUCCCCAGCCAGCCCAUCCAGAUCCUCACAAACCCUUCAACCAGUGCUCCCAUUCUCCUCCUGUCGUCCUCCUCUUCCUCUCCUCAGCUCUCCUCUGCUCCGGUGGGUCUCUCGCUUCCCCUCUCUGUUACUCAGACCUCACCUGGCGCUUCCACCCCCAUGUUUCUUCUCCUCUCCUCUGUGCCCUCUGCCUCUGGUGACUCUGCCGCUACCUCCACUCCUAUCGCUGUCCUCGACCCGUCCACAGGUCAGUUGUCCCAGAUCACUGCAGCAUCAGCCCCGGUCUCCCUCCCUUUGUCCUCUGGUCAGGUCAGCACACUGGGAUCCCCUCUGCACACGCUGUCUCACCCCGUCAUCAGACUGGGUGCCAACGAUCCCCCUGUUAUCCUGUCUCGAGUGAACAACGUGAACUCCGGGUCUGUUCUCACCUCUCUCUCCGUCCCUUCGUCCACUCCUGCUCUCCAGAAUGACCACAGCAUGACUCCCAUCACACAAACUCAGAUCAGCUCUUCCGAUUCAAACCCUGGAAGUGAAGCCAUACCUGCUGAAGAAGUCUCAAAUGACAACAACAAGCCAUCAGCUUUUAUAGCAUCCUCUCCGCACCCACAAUCCGCUAGUUUGACCUAUGACCCCUUAACUCAGCCUAGCUCAGAGGCAGAAGCCCAGUCACCAGCCUCAGAGCCCAAAUUUGACCCCUCUGACCUGCACUCAGAACACUUACCUCUGGAUGACCAUCUUUACUUCUCAAACACGGCUGCUCCACCCUCCCCUCCCAUUGGACCCAUACUCUCCUCUGGCAAACUUGACCCCCUCGACCCGCUGGAUCCUCUCUCUCCAGCAGCGUCACCCAACAACAUGGGCUCUCGCAGGGUGCUGUACUGCCAGCUGUGCCCGCGGGUCUUCUUUUACCUCUCCGACCUUGAGCGCCACGCCAUCACUCACUCGCAGAAGAAGCCUCACGUUUGCCAGCAGUGCGGCAAAGCCUUCAAACGCUCCAGCCAUCUGCAGAGACACAAGCACAUCCACACAGGCCAGAGGAACUUUGUGUGCCCCAUCUGUGCCAAACGCUUCAGGGAGGCCGGCGAGCUCCAGCGCCAUCAAAGGGUGCACACUGGAGAGAAACCCUACCAGUGCCAACUUUGCCACACGCGCUUCGCCGAGCGCAACACGCUACGCCGACACACCAAACGCAAACAUCCUUACCACCAAGUGGCCAUGGAGAUGCUGAAUGAGAGGAGGGACAGAGGAGGCGGCGGCGUAUCUGGAGUGCAGGAGGAAGAGGAGAGCGCAGAAUGGUACAGCUCCACUGUGUCUAACUUGGAUAACUCAGAGUCUGAAAUGGAAACUUAAAGAGUUUGACUCCGAAGUGAAGGGAGUUAGGAGAGACGUGUUGGCAGGGUGGUCACAUCUAACUAUGAUUAGACACUAAACUUUCCUCAUUAAUUUACGUUCAAAGAAGGGAGCACUUGCAAUAUUUAUUUCAAUGUUUUUAAUGGUAAUUUAUUUAUAUGAAUGUAUAUUAUUCCCAUUCCAUUCAAUGGGCCAAAAAUACAGCCUUCAAAGUCACAUAUGAUUUAGAAUUAGUUUUCCCAUAUGAAAAAAUUUGCAAAUAUAAAAGGGAAAGCUCUAACCUGCCCCCAUGAAGUUGCAUUCACAUACAAUCCUUGAUAAAACCCUGAAGUGCUCAGAAAAGAAGGAUAAUUUAUUUACUCUAGACUAUUCUCUGCUCUACUUGUGUAUAUAUAAAGAGUACUAUUUGUAAGAGCUGCACUAUCUUAUGUGAAAGAUGUAAUCUAUCUUUCUUACCGUCAGAGACACUGUGAGUCAUUUGCACUUGUUUUAUUUGAACUCAAUACUCACUUUUUUUUUACAUUGUGAAUGAAGAUGCUUACUCCUUUUGUUGCAGCUGUCAAUUUAUGUAUUUAAUCCAUAUCAUGUAAGAGUUUGACCAAAUGUUUGAGUUAUUCUAACAUAAACACUAUAUUCGGAUUCUUUUGUUUUAUGUGAAUUAUGUUAACUUAUUUGAAUUAAAUUUUGACUGUAAACUGUAA